GACGAACACUUAUAUUGAAUUAAUAAAUCAUAAGCAACCGCAUUUAUGUAGCUUAAUUCAAUAAAUUAUCUUCAACUAACUAAAAAUACUCUAAUUGAAUGCUCAUUAUUUUCAAACUAAUCUUUGCCUCAUGAUCCAAAACAAAUGCAAAGCGAAAAACUUUAAAAGAAACCUAAACAUGCAGAUGCAAUUUGCUCAUACGCUCUUCCCAUGCUGAUUGAUCGUAUGAUCAGUUGCCUACUCCAAGCCUGCGCACUGAAUUGGGAAAAUGUUGAUGAUGACGAACUACAUGUGCCCGCUUUGGAUGACUAUAUUCACUACUACCAGCUUGUUUCAAACUUGAAAAAAUUUCAGCAUUAUGCCGGCGGCUGGGGCCUGAUGGCAUCACGAAUCCCUUUCGAAGAGAUCUCCGUGGAUGAUCAUUUUGAAGAUCACUACUGUCAUCUGGUUUCAAAUUUGAAACAAUUUCAGCAUUAUGUCGGCGGCUUGGGCCCGACGAUAUUACUAAUCCUUUUCGAAGAGAUCGGUGUGGAUGAUCAUUUUGAAGAUCACUGCUGCCAACUUGUUUCAAGUUUGAAAUUUCAGCAUUAGACCUAUGGCUGGGGCCCGACGGUACUACGAAUCCUUUUCGAAGAGAUCGACGUGGAUGGUCAUUUUGACGAUCAUGGCUGGUACUACUGUGCAGCAUUUGAUGAGUUCCCGAGACUCCUACUAAUUCCAAUGUGACCACCGCCACGUUCAUUAGUAGAAAACAAAGCAGAAUGUAGUUUGCUCGACUGGAGUCCACCAUUAUCAUGUAUUUGUUUGUAUUGAAGGUAAUUGGUCUCUUUGAUUACGAUAUGAGGAUUGAGGAGGAUUUUCUGGUUUUAUCUCUUGUGAGUAUAUAUAUACUUGUAUGUUGAUGCAACUACGGUGGAUGUUUGGAAUAGUUCAUGGUAAUUGAAUGACCGUGGAAAACUCAAUAAAUUAAAAAUAGGAAA